GCGUGGUCUGUCUCGGAGGCCCAGCUCAAACCUCUGUCUCUCCCCCCGCAUCAGGAGCUGAAUCUGCCCGGGAGAGACCGAGGAAGAUGGCGGCCACUGACCGUUCCCGGUCCGAAGCAGCGAAACAACGGCGGCAGGACCAGCUGCAGAGAUGGUUAGGCUCCGAGACGGACCUCACGGACCCCGAAACGCGUGGGUCUUCCGCGGGCAGCAGGUCGCGGCCCGGUGCCAAGGUGCGGUUCAACCAGGGGGCCGUGUUUAUGGCCGCCUGCUCGGCCGGGGACCGGGAGGAGGUGGCGGCUCUGCUCAGGCAGGGAGCCGACAUCAACCACGCAAACAUAGACGGAUUGACGGCUCUCCACCAGGCCUGUAUAGAUGAGAAUUCAGAGAUGGUGCAGUUCCUGGUGGAGAGUGGAAGUGAUGUCAACCGCGGGGACAACGAGGGGUGGACACCCCUACACGCCACGGCCUCCUGCGGAUUCAUUCAGAUCGCCAAGUACUUAAUUGAACAUGGCGCACAUGUGGGGACAGUUAACAGUGAGGGAGAACUUCCUCUGGACGUUGCCACAGAAGAUGCCAUGAGCAGACUACUGAAGGCUGAGAUUAAAAAGCAAGGUGUGGAUGUGGAGCGAGCACGGGGGGAGGAGGAGCGGGUGAUGCUGCAGGACGCCAUGGCGAUGCUGGCCGGCUCGGGUCACUUGGCCCCCCACCCCAACACCCAGGCCACCGCCUUGCACGUGGCCGCCACCAAGGGCUACAGCCAGGUGCUCAAGGUGCUGCUGCAGUGUGGGAUGGCUGUGGACGCCAGAGACGUAGACGGCUGGACUCCUCUCCACGCCGCAGCCCACUGGGGUCAGGAGGAGGCCUGCACGCUACUGUCCGAGCACAUGUGUGACAUGAACGCCGUCAAUAACGUGGGCCAAACCCCUCUGGAUGUGGCGGAUGAGAACCUGGUGGACUGCCUUGAGGAACUGCAGAAGAAGCAGAAUAUUCUUCGCUCUGAACAGAAGAAGGCUCCGGUCAUAGAGACUAGCCCCCCCAUCUCCAUGGCACCCCUGCGGCCGCGCAGGACGUCCAUCUCUCGUAUGAGCAGCAAAGAGAAGAUCAGCCUCCACGAGCGCGAGCGCGAGCGCCACACGCCCCCCGCCCUGCAGACCCCCCCCGCCGAGGAGGAGGAGGAGGAGCCUAACAAAGCCUCCAGCAAAGCCUCCAGCAGCUCCAGCUCCGAGGAGGAGAGCGAAUCAGAGAGCGACGUGGAGUCAGAAAAAGCAAAAACACGAGAGAUCAUCAACAACCUGAACAACAAGCGCAACAGUUCUGUUCCCAUAGCUACCUCCACGGCAACCGGCACCAGCGGCAACCAGGUGAAGAAGUCGGAGCCUGUGGCGAAGUCUUCGGGCGCUGAUGCCCCGGGCUCUUGGCGGACGUCCCUGCGGAAGGCGGGCAGUUCUGGGGCGCUGGGUUCUGACCAAUCGGAGCCCUCCGAGGGAGGGGGCAGCGCGGCCCCCCGCAGCACCCAGAGUGUUCUAGGGGGCAUGACCCGCUCAGCGUCCAGCCCACGCCUCAGCUCAGAGGCAGACAACAAGGAGCCCAGAUUGGCCCGGGUGCCCCCAAACCCGACCCGACGCCUCUUCAACAUCUCUGACAACAACCAAGACAACUCCAGCAGCUGGUUGCUUCGUAGCUCCUCAUACACACGCCGUCUGAACAGCCAGUCUGCCGCUGACGUGACCAGCUCCAACCCAUACUUACCUCGCAGUUCUUCUUAUGGGCGGAGACUUGAUGAGGCACCAGUAACCACGGGAACAUCCUCGACUGGACUCAGUCGUCUCAACAGUCUAGUGGCCCAGAGACAAGCUCAGGAACAGGCGGAAAAGAAGGACCCCGUUUCCGUGACGACCUCAAACUCUGCCACCACGACGACAACGACGACUGGGGAGCCAGAGAGUAAGCAGAGGCGCAAGUCUUAUUUGACUCCAGUUCGUGAUGAGGAAGCUGAAGCCCAGAGAAAAGCACGUUCCCGACACGCACGCCAGUCUCGCCGGUCCACUCAGGGUGUGACGCUUACAGAUCUUCAGGAGGCGGAGAAGACCAUGAAGACAACUGAGAACAGAGGGAAGGAGAGGAAGAGAGAAGAGGAGGAGAAAGAAGAGAGGAAGAGAGAGGAGGAGGAGAAGGAAGGGAAGCAGAAGAAGGUAGAAGAAGGGGAGGUGACCUGGAGGUCUCGUAUAGCUAACCUGCAGAAGUCUGACCUUCUGGGCCUCACCAAUCCACCUGGAGCCCUGCGUCCCGACAGAAGAGCUGACCCCGAGGCUCUGUUGGCUGAUCUGGAUGAACAGAGGCGAGAAGAGAGGAGGCGAGCAAGAGCCCAGAGAAGAGCACGAGCAGCAGGAGAGAGUGUCGAGAACGAGCUGAGUGGAGAGGAAGGAAAUGGGCAGGACCCACAGACGGACAGGCGAACGGGCAGCAGGUCUGACCAGUCUUUCAAUGACUGUAUCAUAGGAAGGGGAUCUGAAACAAAGGACUACAAGAAGUUGUUUGAGGAGAUGUCCAGAGAGAACGGAGCACUUCAGUCACAGCUGCAGGACACACAGAGGACAGUCACCCAGACCAGGAUGGACCUGGACAAAGCAACUCAGCAGAGACAGGAGAGGUUCAGUGACUGUUCAGCCCUCCUGGAAAUGGAGAAGAAGGAGCGGAGAAUGUUGGAACGCCGUGUGGCAGAGUUGGAGGAGGAGCUAAAGGUGUUGGGGGAUUUAAGAGCAGAUAAUCAGCGGCUGAAGGAUGAGAAUGGCGCUCUCAUCAGGGUCAUCAGUAAACUCUCCAAAUAGAUGGACACAGCAGUCGAGAGGAAGAAUGACCGAAAAGGGCACGAAACACUCUCUCUCUCUCUCUCUCUCUCUCUCUCUCACUCUCUCUCUCUCUCUCACUCACACACACACACUCACACACACACACACACACACACACACACACACACACACACACACACACACACACACACACACACACAAUAUCUCUUUCCCUUCCUCCUCACAUCCCUUCAAGUGCCAAAGAAAGAGAGCGAGUGAGAGAGAGACAGAGGAAAGAAGAAUGCCUUGUUUGUACCAGCAUAGUUCACAGCUGAAAUAGAGACUGCUUCUAUGAUAUAUUUUUGUGCGUGUGUGUGUGUGUGUGUGUGUGUUCACUGCCUACACAUACCUGGGCCGAGCGUACACACACACACACUCACCAAGGACCUGCCAACAAUGGCAACCAAUUUUCCGUGACCAAUCAGAGGAGAGAGACUGAAGGAGUUCAAAUAGAACACCUCUCUUACACACACACACACACACACACACACACACACACACAGGGAUUGGCACAGUUGCUGUCCUUAUUGUUUGACAAGUCAUACACACGCACAUUCUCUCUACCACGCGUUCCAUCCGUCAGGGGUAGUUGAACCCUGAGGAUCACCAGCACUCUUGGUGUGUUUUAACCACAUACACACACACACACACACACACACACACACACACAUACAUACACACACACACACUUAGUAGAGGGUUUAACACGUCACAAUGCACAGUCCAUGUAGGGAUCAGUAUUGAUUUUAUGUAGCAGGCUCACACUAACUGAUGCCCUAACCAUGAACCCUUCUCCAAACAGCCAGCUCCAGUUAAAGUCCCCUCCAGCACACACACACACACACACACAUACACACACAGACUGACACACACACACACACACACAUGCAUAUUCCCACACAUUAUAUUUAUUUAUAUCUGUGCACCUAGUCACCCACCAGGGAUCAGGGAACCCCGUGGGACCACACAAACAGAAAGGAGGAGUUCCCACUUCCCACUUGUAACACUUCCCAGUUCCCACUUGUCCCACUUCUCACUUAUUCCCUUUAACUGCCCUGCGUUCGCUGAGGAGUCAACAAAGCCUUUAGCAGCUGCGCAUUGCUGUUUUAAAUACACACACACACAGGCAAAACCAGGAAAUGGUGAAAAGCUGACUGAUGUUAUUGGAUUUGCACAUGGGUGCGGAGUAGUUAGCACUCACAGGCACACUCACACUCACACACACAUGCACAGACACACACACACACACACACACACUGAAAGUCACCGCACCGUCCAUAGAGGGAACCCAGAAGAACAUGGUCUUGACCGCGUGCCUGUUAUCCAAUCAGGAGCCUCCGUCCACGGUUGCCCCUGCUGAAGGGAACCCAGAGUUUGAAGUGGAAAUGCCUUUUAAUAAUAUGCUAUGCAUUGUUUUUGACUUCUUUUUAAAAUUAUUAUUAUUAUUAUUACUAUGGAUAUCAAGGUAAAGAAUGCUGUUUUCAUACAUGUCUCUUGUGUCCGGUUUUAUGUUGGUUGCAAGCUCCUUCCAACUGUUUUCCAGGGAAGAUGUUUUGUUAUUAAUAUUAUUAUAUUAUUGUUAUCAUUAUUGAUAUUAUUAUUAUUAUUAUUAUUAUAUUGUUAUUGUCAUUAUUGAUAUUAUUGAUAUUAUUGAUAGUAUUAUUAUAUGUACAAAUAUGAUUCUUAUGAAGUGCCAACCUUUGUGAAUGGAAACUUGUUAUCCUCUCUCUUUUACACAUGUUUUUCCUAAUAUAUGAUAUGGAUGUCUGCACUUAAUAAA